AUGGAAGAUCCCCUUGUCGCUGCUCGACCUCUGUGGCAUGCUCUCGACCUGCCCUCUGAAUCUUUGUCCCGGUUGCACCUCAGUAGAGAUCCUGAUCCCGCGGUCGACUCUUCUUUCAAGUUGGGAACAGCAGCACAGGCGAGCCUAAGUGCCGCCGAGUUCCACCAGCUCAGGACUGAUGUCGAACAGACCGUUUCCGUGAACGCAAGACACGCCGUGCUUGAAUUUAAGAGCGAGGCAUGGUAUGCGAUUGAUGGGAAACUUCCAUCGGGCACCUUGUUUGAUGACAUCGCUGGGUUGUACAAGACGAAAGACAACAGUUAUGUCCGUCUUCAUACAAACUUCCCUCAUCAUCGCCAAGGCCUUUUGAACAUACUCAAGUGCAAGCCUACAAGACAAGCCGUCGCCGAUGCUUUGCUCCAGUGGAAUGCUGUCGACCUCGAGACGGAAGCGUCCGUUCAGAAGAUGGUCGCAACCGCUCUUCGCUCGUUCGACGAAUGGGACGAGCAUCCGCAAGGAAAAGCACUCGCAAACACUCCUCCCGUGCAACUCCUUAAGAUAGGCGAAGCGCCCAAGCGAGAGAUCGACGGACAAUACAAUCGGCCUUUGGAAGGUAUCCGCGUUCUAGAUCUAACUAGAGUGCUCGCAGGUCCUGUCUGUGGUAGAACCCUCGCCGCCCAUGGUGCCGACGUCUUGCUCGUCACAUCCCCCAACCUACCCGCCUUACCUUUCCUCGAUGCCGAUACGUCGCGUGGAAAGCGCGCGACACAGCUUGAUCUUACUGAUCCCAAGGAUCAUGCGACGAUGGCUACUCUCGUGAAAGACACUGACGUCUUCCUGCAAGCAUAUCGUCCAGGCGGAUUGCGCGACAAAGGCUUUGGUCCGGAGGAUGUAGCUAAAGCUCGGCCAGGCAUCGUGUACGCUAGCCUAACUGCGUAUGGCUGGGAAGGGCCCUGGAAAGAUAGACGAGCGCCGUUGGAAAAGUUCGAUUCGUUGGUGCAAACAGCCUCAGGCUUUAAUGUGGCUGAGGCUCAGGCAUACGCAGCGUACAGGGAGGAUAAAGCUGCACCGCUCAUGCCUAAACCAUUCCCAAUGCAAGCCUUGGACCAUGCUGCGGGAUAUCUUCUGGCCUUCGGGAUAAACGCAGCACUAUGCAAGACGAUCAAGGAAGGAGGAUCAUGGGAAGUGCGGGUAUCCCUCGCCGCCGUUGGCCAGUGGAUUCGAUCUCUGGGUCGCUUGGAGCCAGCGUUAGCUUUCGGUGAAGGUAUUCCAAUGCCUCCACGGACUGUUCCUCCUCAUGAGGAACUGGCUGCGUUAGUCACAUCCUCACGGUCUACGGGAAGCAAAGGCUCUCCCAGCGUCCAGUUGAAGGACACAACAGCCAUCAGGCACGCUGCUAUACUAGCGCAGGCGCCCGUAUUAGAGAAAGGAGCACCACUGUCUCUAGACACACAUGAAGCACGCUGGCUUCCACAAUCAUAG